UCUCUCUCUCAACAAUUCCAAAGCCUCCCUCUCUAAUCCCCCAAAACCCUAAGAGAGAGAGAGAGAGAGAGAGAGAGAGCUCAGAGCUUCGCAAAAAUGGUGCAGCGUCUCACAUACCGCAAGCGGCACAGCUACGCCACCAAAUCCAAUCAACACCGCGUCGUCAAAACCCCUGGAGGGAAGCUAGUGUACCAGACCACAAAGAAGAGGGCAAGUGGACCCAAGUGUCCUGUAACUGGCAAGAGGAUCCAAGGGAUUCCUCAUUUGAGACCUGCUGAAUAUAAGAGGUCUAGGUUACCUAGGAAUCGGAGGACUGUUAACAGGGCUUAUGGUGGAGUACUCUCUGGAAGUGCUGUCAGGGAAAGGAUCAUUCGUGCCUUUUUGGUGGAAGAGCAAAAAAUUGUGAAAAAGGUCUUGAAGAUUCAGAAGACCAAGGAAAAGCAAGCCUCAAAGAGUUAAGUUCAAGAUCUUAGCGAGCUUCUAGCAGCUUUAGUGUAAUUUUGGCUAUUGCAGCGCGUGGAGAAACAUGGAAAGUAAUUUGAGGUUUUCUGAUUUGGUUCCGUCUUUUGUUUUGGUUUGAACCAUGUAUUUGUUGACAAAUCCAUUAUGCUAAGAUUUUGCUUGUUUCUAUAA